AUGGCUGUCUCAGAUAGUGCAUUUUUCCAAUGGUUUACAGACAACAAAGCGCCAGAGUUCUUUAAUGAAGAACAUGAAGAAUUAACAUUGUACUUAUCUGGUUUUGCCAUGACAUUAUUUACAUUAUUAUUAUUUGGACCAUUAUUCUAUAGAUUAAUUAAAGUAAUACUUAUGCCAAAAACAACAGUACCACAAACAAUUAGUUGGUUGUUUAUCUUUCGAAUUGUUCCAAUGGUAGUAAUAUUUAUGAUUUGUUUGGCACGAGCAGUUAUUCCAUUAUGUUAUGGACUUAUGAAUUCUACUAUUUAUAAACAAACAGAUAUUAAAUAUUAUGAUCCAGAAGAAGGAAUUGCUUAUUAUUUAAUUAUUCCAAAUUUCCUUCUUUGUCUUGAUUGGUUAAUUGUAAUGGUUGAUUUUUAUUUUGAAAGACAACGAUCAGUAUUCUUUGGAACAUUUGUUCAAAUAUUUAUUUUAGGACAAAUGUUUAUUCAUUUAUUAUUUAUUGGAACUGUUACUUCAUCAGAUUCACACAGAACAUUUAUUAAUUUAAUAAAUAUUCUUUUUAUUGUCAUUUAUUGGAUUGAAGUAGUUGCUUCUUUAAUUCUCUCAUUUUCAAUGUUAUUUAAACAAGACAACAGAUUUAUUAAUCCUGAAUAUAAAAGAGUUGUUUCUUCAAAUAAAGAAGAAAGGGAUGCUGAUAGAUCUAAUAGUCAAGAAGAAAAUAAUGACGGAGGUGAUAUUUAUGGGUCAUCAAUUCAUUUUACUCCAAUGUCUAAUACAUCAGUUAGUCAAUCAUAUCAAAACGAUACUUUAGGAUUAUUAAGAAAUAACCAACCUGUAGAUUCUCGUGCAAAACCACAAAGAAGUUUCUUUGAAAAAGUAAAACAUUUCAUUGAUUUUAUUACAUUUUCUAAUAUUAAAGAGAUUUUAGGAUUUAAAAGGGGGUAUCAAAAAGGAAUGACAAUGGAUGUUUCAGAUAUUGAUCAAUUAGAUAUAAAAAAUAGAUCUAAUUAUCUUGUUAGACAAUUUGAAGUUGCUUGGGAAAAAGCAAAAGAAAAAACAAAACCUAAAUUAUUAAGAGUUAUGUUUAAAUUAAAUGGAAAAGCAAUGUUAAUAGCUAUUAUCCCUAGACUUAUUUUUGAUAUUACUAUGUUUAUUCCAAUUGUUGCUCAAACUAUUAUGAUUAGGAUGGGAUCUCAAUGGCAUUCAUAUCAAGAUGGAUCUUCAUAUUCUACAACUGUUUUUGAAUCUGCUAGUUCUGAAGACUUAGAUUGGAGAUAUAGUAGAAGUGCAGGAAUGUUAUUUGGUGUAUUAGUUACUAUUAUUGCUAUAAUUUCAUCUGUUUCUGGACAUUACUUUAAUUAUAUUACAACAUUAGUUGGACAAAAAAUGAGAUCAACACUUAUUAUGGCUAUGUAUGAAAGAAUAUUUUCAAUGAAUGCUAAAUCACUUUCUACUACACCACAUGGUCAAAUUCUUAAUAUGAUGUCAGUUGAUGCAAAUUGUGUUAAUGAUAUGUGUUCUCAAGUUCAUUUGUUAUGGUCAUGUUCAUUAGAAGUUAUUAUUUCUAUUGUUUGGUUAUUCUGUGUGGUUCAAUGGUCUGCAUUUGCAGGAUUAAUUAUUAUGUUCCUUGCUGUUUUUGCUAAUGUUGUAUUGGCUAGAUUUAUUGUAAGACAAAUGAGAAAGUUAAUGAUUAUUAAAGAUACUCGUGUCAAAUUAUUAACAGAAGUUUUAAAUGCAAUUAAAACAGUUAAAGUAAUGGUAUGGGAAUCUCAUCUUCAUGGACAAUUACACGAAACAAGAAAGAAAGAAGUUAGACAUAUUUUAUUUGUUAUUGCAUUCAGAAGUUGUAUGAACUUUAUUGUUUGGGCUAUUCCACCUUCAGUUAGUUUUGUUACAUACGGUAUUAUUACUAUUAUUGCAGGAGGUGAUUCUGGAGCUCUUAAGCCAAUGGAUGCAUUUAUUACUCUUGGAUUAUUUAAUAUUAUGAGACUUCCUCUUAUUAGAUUCCCUAAAUUAUUAAAUGAUACUAUGCAAGGUGUUACUUCAAUGAGAAGAAUUCAAGAAUUUUUAUUAAAAGGUGAAGAUCAAAAAGAUAGAGAUGCUGAUAAUGUCAUUGUUGCAGUAGAACCUGCUUCACCAGAUUCACCUGUUAUUGCAGUAGAACAUGCUAGUUAUACAUGGGAAGAUAAUGACUCAAUUGCACUUUCAGACAUUAACUUUACUGCUCAAAAAGGACAACUUAUUGGAAUUAUUGGAGAAGUUGGAUGUGGUAAAACUGCAUUCUUUAAAUCAUUAUUAGGUAAUUUACACAAAACAAAUGGUAUGGCACUUUAUAAUGGAAAAAUUGGAUAUGUAGCUCAAAAUGCAUGGGUUCAAAACCUUACUGUUCAUGAUAAUGUAGUAUUUGGAAAGAAACAUGAUAAUGAUUUAUAUGAAAAAGUUGUUGCUGCUUGUGAAUUAAGAAAUGAUUUAGAAAAUUUCCCUGGUGCUGAUCAAAUGGAAGUUGGUAUUGGUGGAUCUAAUUUAUCAGGAGGACAAAAACAAAGAUUAGCAUUAGCACGUGCUACUUAUCAAAAUGCAGAUAUUUAUUUAUUAGAUGAUUGUUUAAGUGCUGUUGAUGCUAAUGUUGGACAAAACAUUUUCACAAAUUGUAUUAAAGGAGUACUUUCAGAGAAAACACGUAUUUUAAUUACUCAAACUUUCCAGUAUUUACCAGAAUGUGAUUAUAUUUAUGUUAUGAAAAAUGGAACUUUCAUUGAAAAAGGUACUUUUGAAGAAUUAAAAGCAAAUCAAAAUAGUGAAUUUUCUAGGUUAUAUUCUAAUUAUGUUGCUAAUGUAUCUCAUGGUGAUGAACAUGGAAAAAGAAUUCUGAAAAGAAAAGUUAAAAAAGGAAUGAAAGCAUCUCAAUUAAUUGCAAAAGAAAAUACACAAACUUAUGCUGGUUUUGGAACAAUGUUAACAUAUAUUAAAUAUGGUGGAUGGGUUUACUUUACUUUUGUUAUGUUAUUCUUCUUUAUUUCAUCAUUCUUACUUAUUGGAUCUAAUUUCUGGUUAGUUAUUUGGACUGAUGAAGAGAAAAAGAAUAAUUCUGCUUUCUUUAGAGAGUUAAAUGGAUAUGAACUUGUUGGAUCUUAUGGAUUGAUUGUAUUUGUUGUAUUGAUAUUUAUUAUUAUUCGUUUCAUCUCUCUUGGAGCAUUUAAUGGAAAAGCAUCUAUCAAUCUUCACUUUGAUGCAUUAAAUCGUGUUCUUAAUUCACCAAUGUCUUUCUUCCAAGCAACUCCAAUUGGAAGAAUUUUGAAUAGAUUUAGUGAAAACUUAUUUGUUAUUGAUGAUAAAAUUAAUUUGUCAUUAGCUCAAUUUAUUUCUUCUGUUACUCUUUCUAUUGUCACUGUUAUUAUUACAUCUAUUUCAUGUGAUAUGAUGCUUGGUGUUUUUGCUCUUAGUAUUUAUUGGUUCUUCUAUGUAUUUAAUUGGUAUAUGACAUAUGCAAAACAAUUACUAAGAUUAGACAUGGUUUAUAGAAGUCCUUUAUAUAACACAUUCCAAGAGACAUUACUCGGAUUAGAUACUAUUCGUAUCAUGAAGAAUAAUCAUCGUUUCACUUCUAUUUUAUCAGAAAAAUUAAAUAAACAACAAAAAAUUUAUUAUGCUACUAAUGUUUGUCAACGUUGGCUUGGAAUGAGAGUUGAAUUAAUUGGAUGUGUUGGACUUGGUGCUGUUGUUAUUUUCAGUUCAAUGAGAAUUUCUAGUAUCUCACCAUCACUUAUUGCUUUACUUAUUCUUUAUAUGUUCCAAUUCAAUAAUAUUUUGAAUCAAUUAAUUCAAUCAUCUGUUGAAGUUCAAACACAAUCUACUGCUAUUCAAGCUGUUUGUGAAUAUUUGACUUUACCAUCAGAAAGAGGAAUUAAAGAAACUGAUCCAACUGUUACUGGACAUGUCCCAGAUAAUUGGCCAGAAGCUGGAGACGUUCAAUUCCAAAAUGUUACAAUGACAUAUAAUCCUGAUUUACCACCUGCUGUCAAUGAAUUAACUAUUCAUGUCCGUCCUGGAGAAAGUGUUGGUAUUGUUGGAAGAACUGGAGCAGGUAAAUCAUCCAUUAUGGUUACAUUAUUCAGAUUGUAUGAAAUGACUUCUGGAAGAAUUAUUAUUGAUGGUGUUGAUACUUCCACUCUUGCUCUUGAAACAUUAAGAAGUAGAUUAUGUGUUAUUCCACAAGAACCAGUUUUGUUCAGAGGAACAUUAAGAAAGAAUCUUGACAUUCUUGGAAAACAUACAGAUGAAGAACUUAUUCAAGCUUUAGAUGAUGUUAACAUUAGAGAACAUAUUUUCUCAAAAGGAAAUGGUCUUGAGACUGAAAUCGCAGAAGGAGGAUCUAAUUUCUCUAUUGGAGAACGACAAUUAAUUUGUCUUGCAAGAGGAUUGUUGUCUAGAUCAAAAGUGAUUGUUCUUGAUGAAGCUACUGCUAAUGUUGACUUACAAACAGAAAAGAGAAUUUUCAACGCAUUAUUCACACAUUGUAAAGGAAGUACUAUGUUCAUGAUUGCUCAUCGUUUACAUACUAUUUUAACUUGUGAUAAGAUUUUAAUGUUAGAAAAAGGACGUGUACUAGGAUUUGGAGCUCCUGAAGAAUUGAAAAAGACAUGUCCAGAAUUUGCUGCUCUUGUUUCUAAAACUGGUUUUGACAUAGAAGAAGGAAAUGAAGAGAAGAAAGAAGAAAAAUUAAUAGACAUUGAACCUCCAACAGAAAAGAACGAACAAAAAGAUGACCAUCCUUCAACCCAACAACCAAGUAUUCUUUAA